AAAUUGUCUUUAACAGAUAAAACAUAAGGUCAACACGAUUGUAACAUAACAGGUGUGUUUUACACAUAACACUUCAUAAAUAUUGACAAUAUUCGCACGUACAACAUUAAAGCACUGUUUUAACUUAAGUAACAUUCUUUAACAAGAAAGUACGAACCAUGGCAAAGGUUUCACUGACGGCGAUAGUCUGUGUACUGUCACUGGCGUUGCUAGGAAAGACAGUGGCUGGUAGAUUCGUGAAUGGAGAUUGCCAAUUACAGAAAGAAAUAGGACCAUGCAGAGCGUUUAUCCCGAGAUUCUUUUAUAACGCGCAGACUUCCAAGUGCGAGCCGUUCAUUUAUGGUGGUUGCUGGGGAAACGCCAAUAAUUUUGAGACAGAGUCGCUAUGUCAGUCAGCUUGCUCGGGGACUCCUCCCCGUCAAAAAUCUAAUUAUACUGUGUACAGUAAUACAUUUGCACUGGGUUUUUCAUUUAAGGAAAAUUUCAAUAACAAGAAAGUACGAAGCAUGACGAAGGUUUUACUGAUGACAGUUGUCUGUGUUAUGACAAUGGUAUUGCUGGGAAAGACACUGGGUGAUACAAGCGGAAAUGACACGAUCACAGUUGAUACAUGUAAACUACCAAAGGAAACAGGACCAUGCAAAGGGUUAUUCCCACGAUUCUUUUACAACGCACAAAAUUCAACGUGCGAGCAGUUUGUUUAUGGUGGUUGCUGGGGAAACGACAACAACUUUCAGACAGAGUCGUUAUGUCAGUCAGCUUGCGUAAAAUCUUAAUAAAUGUUUUACGACUGA